AUGUUCGCAUCCCCCGUUCGUCUGGCGUCGGGCCAGCCGGGCUUCUGGAGGCGCUCUCUCGACGAAUUCCGCCGCCAAGCGAACAUCGCCGUCAAAAUGGAGGGCAUCCACCGUCCCACGAAACCCUUUCCUCUCGUCAAGUUCGAUGCAGAGAAUGCAAUAGAUCGAUGCAAAGUCAUGAGCGACGAAGAUAUGGGAGGAUUCUCAAGAGCCAGCCUGACAUACGUCUCCGGCGAAAGCCAUAUGGAGCAGGGGGAGACGGCAAGGAAUUCGGAAGAGGAGCAGGCCCUUGCCAUUGCAGGCGAGCCGGCACAUGCGCUCUUCAAAGGGUCGAUAAGUACAGAGCUGCCGCCCAACAAACCACACAUCCAGCGAUCAGGCUAUGCAGCAUGGCGGACACGGGAUCGCGGCCUUUCACUGUUUGGAAAACUCCUCUGGGACAUUGACCCAUAUGCCUAUCUCGCCCUGCGCAUCAAAUCAGACGGAAGGAAGUACUUUGUAAACAUACAGACUGAAUCGAUUGUGCCGACCGAUCUGCACCAACACUUACUCCCCACCACUUCUUUCGGGGAAUGGGAGACUGUCACAAUACCGUUCAGAGCCUUCGUCAGGACGAAUUACGGAAUGGUCGUGGAGCCACAGAAGGAGAUGAUGAGGCAGAAAGUCAGGAGUGUCGGGAUUGGACUGAUAGAUCGGGUCCCCGGACCUUUCGAGUUGAGGAUAGCCGACAUUUACGCCACUAACAGGCCACCGAGGAGAGCGAUGGGUAGAGAGGACACUGGCUUUGAUCUCGCGGAAGCCGAAAAGGAACAUGAGCAGGAAGAGGGGCAUGGCAUGAUGGAUGAGAUCGAACCGCGGAGGAAGAAGGGUGAGCCGGAGAGGAUAUUGAUAUGA